AUGGAGUCAACCCAGCAGAAGCACAAGCUCAUCAACCCUCUCACCCGCUACGAAGACUUUGUCUUCGAGUUUCCACCAAACACCUACCCGAAGCAGGUUCUGCAGACCAGCUUCAAGCACCCGCCUGACUGUGGUGAGAACAGCUACGUCGGCAAGGGGCGCCUCAAGGGUAGGCAUGCCCUAGUCACAGGCGGAGACUCGGGGAUAGGGCGGGCAGUCGUAAUCGCACUCGCCAGGGAGGGCGCCAAGGUUGCCAUCAACUACCUUCCUGAAGAGGAGCCUGACGCUCGAGCACUGGCCGAGCUCUUGGACCAGGACGCCUGUGUUGAGCACGAGCUCGUCAGAAUCCCUGGAGAUCUCAGGAGCCCCAAGUUCUGCCACGAGCUUGUUCAUUCAGCCCACAAGAAGCUAGGGUCUCUAGAUCUGAUUGUGGGCAAUGCCGGCACCGCCAGUCCAUUGGAACCCAUUACCGAAGUGUCUCCAGAGGCGUGGGACGACACCAUGAAGGUCAACCUCUACGCGAAUUUCCACAUCAUCCAGGCCGCCGCUCCACUCCUUGGCCCGGGCGCCUCCAUUGUUAUCACCGACUCAGUCGGAGGCGUGAUCCCGUUGCAGAACCAGGUUGCCUACACGACCUCGAAGGCUGCGCUGCGGAGUUUCAUCAACGGGGCGGGUGCCGAGCUCAUCAAGCAGGGCAUCCGCAUCAACGGCGUGGCGCCCGGCUACACUUACACACCGCUCCUCGUCUACGGCGGCUUGACGGUGGAGACCCUCGAAACGGCUGUUAAGCAGCUGGACGUGAUCGGCAGGGUGCAGCAGCCGGCCGAGCUCCCGCAUCUGUAUGUGACGCUGGCUGAUGAUCAGCUCUCUUACGGGACGGGGAGCAUCUACGGGUCGCACGGGGGUUUCCUCGGCGGCUAUUAGAUGGGGUCCAGGGAAUGGUUUCCA